AUUAAUACUUAUAAAGGGAUGAAUGAUGAUAUCAAAUUCUGCACUCACAGACAACAAUGCUCAAAUUUCCUCCUCCUCCUCUCCCUCUCCGAUCUUGCGUUUCUCUCUCGCCAUCCCCAUCUCUCUCAUAUUCCUCCUCUCUUCCCCUCCGCACAAUCAAUAUGAUUUUCCAUGGCAGUAAAACAAAUCAUUUUUCUAGCAUCUCAGCUUCGAGCGAUUACCAUGGUCAUCCACAAGAUUCUUCCUUUCUGGGAGGGGAAUCUUUUUUCAGGAAUACACUGUCAGCUAUGGAGGAUGUUUAUCUAAACAGGAAUCCGACGGCUAAAAAGAUCUUGGAGCUUGUUCAUUCAUAUGAAAAGGAUCAUAUAUGUUAUGAUCAUUUUGCUUUUCGGACGUUUGGGGUGAAUGAUCAUGGGAUUGAUUCCAUAGCUAGAUUCUUUAUGGAUUUUGGUUAUGUGCAAAGGGAAGAGUUGAGCUUCCCAGCUAAGAAGCUGAAAGCCUAUUGGUUUUCGCCUCCCUCUGAGGUUCGUGCUGGUCCCGGCGCAGGCGUUAAUGGCCCGUUGCCACGGAUAUUUAUAUCACAACUUCUUGUUGAUCAAAUGACCUCAGAAGCUCAGAAAAUCAUCAGAAAAUACACUGCAAUGUCUGGGAAUGGAUAUAUGCAUUCUGCUUUGGCCAGUGCACUGGGAUGUUUGACAUGGGAAACCCCCUCAUUCUCCGAGUUCCAACAGUUGGCCCGGGAAAGUGAGUAUGCUGCAUGGACCCUUGUCAAUGGGUACGCGUUGAAUCAUGUCACUGUUUCUGCUCAUCGCCUCAAAUCAAAUUUACGAAAGAUCGAUAAUCUUAAUAAGUUCAUUGAGGAGAAUGGUUUCAGAUUGAACUCUGAAGGAGGCAUUCUCAAGGUGAGCCCUGAUGGUCUCUUGCUACAAAGCUCAACCGUGGCAGAUUCAUCUUCUUUCCACUUCUCUGAAGGAAUCACGGAAUCAAUACCACGCUGUUAUAUUGAAUUUGCUGAACGCCUCGUGCUUCCUCAGUUCAAAAAUGUAGCCGAGGACAAGGUUGAAGAGUUCCACAGACGAGAUGGUUUUGAGGUUGGGAACGCGGAUAAGAUAUUCGAGAGCACAUCUAAGGAUCAGCUUAGCAGGAAGGCUGCGUGAGGCACGAGACAACAGCGUGUGCGAGGAAACACUAUGCUGUCUGAAUCAUUGCAGAAAGCAAGGUUGUUAAAUUUCAGUGUUGAAGCAGUUGCCUUGUCGAUGUUGAUGGAUUCAGUGACUUUGGAUUGUAUCCAUUUCUUCGUUAUUACCUUUUUAUCUUUUCUGAA